UGUAGAACACGGAAUCUGGGAUUUGAAUAAAACACUAUCAUUUAAAAUAAAAUAUUGAAAUAAGUAGUUUAUUAAAGUUAUUUUGCCACGCAAAAAAUAUAUAUUUACUACAAUAACCAAAAAUGCCGGUUUUCCAUACCAAGACAAUCGAAAGUAUUUUGGAGCCUGUUGCCCAGCAGGUUUCAAGACUUGUUAUUCUUCAUGAGGAAGCAGAAGAUGGAAAUGCAAUGCCUGAUUUACAACGGCCUGUUCAGGCUGUUAGUAAAGCUGUUACUAACCUUAUCAAGGUUGGACGUGACACAAUUAAUAGCAGUGAUGACCAGAUCUUAAGGCAAGACAUGCCUACAGCACUUCAAAGGGUGGAGAUGGCCUCUAAGCUACUGGAGGAUGCAUCAAGCUUACUGAAGGCUGAUCCUUACUCUCAACCAGCUAGAAAGAAACUAAUAGAAGGAGCUAGAGGUAUUCUACAAGGAACAUCAGCUCUGCUGCUUUGUUUUGAUGAGUCAGAGGUGCGAAAAAUUAUUCGGGAGUGCAAGAAAGUUUUAGAUUACUUGGCAGUAGCUGAAGUUAUCGAGUCGAUGGAUGACCUUGUUCAGUUUGUAAAGGAUCUUAGUCCAUGCUUAACAAAAGUUUCUCGUGAUGUUGAUGCAAGAGAAAAAGAGUUGACUCACCAGGUUCAUCGUGAGAUCUUGAUUCGCUGUCUGGAAUCUGUAAAGAACCUUGCACCGAUCCUUAUCUGCAGCAUGAAAAUAUUUGUCCAGAUUUUGUCUCAAGGUGGUAAAGGAGUAGAAGAGGCAGCAGAAAACAGAAACUAUCUGGCCCACAGGAUGACAGAUGAGAUCAACGAAAUUAUUCGUGUCUUACAACUAACAACCUAUGAUGAAGAUGAAUGGGAUGCUGACAAUUUGACUGUUAUGAAAAAAGCUCUGAAUGCAUUAGAUGGAAAAAUUCAAGCUUCUCAUGACUGGCUGGAAGAUCCCUCAGCAGUGACAGGUGGAGUAGGGGAGAAAUCUCUGCGUCACAUCUUGGGUUAUGCCCAACGUGUGGCAGAACGUUCUCUUCCUCCUGAUCACAAUGCAAUAAAGAAAAUGUGUGGUGACAUCACCUCAAUGACAGAUGCUUUAGCUGAGCUCAGACAGGAAGGGAAGGGUGCUUCACCUCAAGCCCAGUCACUUUCUAGAGGAAUUGGACAGAAGCUUCGAGAAAUGAAUGGAGUAAUCAUAAGUGCCAUUCAGAAUGUGGAGAGCAGUGGCAUCCAACAACCUGCUCACACAGUGGGGGGUCGUGUUGAGCAAGCUCAGCGGUGGCUAGUAAAUCCUAGUUUUGAUGAUAAAGGCCUUGGUCAACAAGCAUUACAGUCUAUUAUUCAAGAAGGUCACAAGUUAGCUGAAACCUGUCCUCAUGUAGGAAAACUAGAAAUCCAGCAUCUGUGUAAUGAAGUUGAAGCUUUUUCUCACCAGCUGUAUGACUACUGUCGCAAGGGGCAGGGAACUACCCCUCAAGCUCAGACUGUUAGUAGGGCUAUCCAUGGUAAACUCCAUGAACUGAAGGUUAAGAUCCAAAUGGCUCUUGUAAACAUGGUUGUAGAAGAUUUCAUAGACAUCACUUCACCUCUAAAAGCUUCAGUAAAGUGAGUUCUUGCACUUGAAGGUACACAACAUCGAGAUGCUAACUUCCAAGACAAAGCUAGAGCUCUUAUGGAUUUUUCUGUGAGAACUGCAAGUACAGCUAAAAAUAUAGCUACUGGUGGGACAAAUAACAAAAAGCUAGCAGAGUCUCUUAUGUCAUCUGCCAAUCAGGUUGAAAGUCUAACCCCACAAUUGAUAAAUGCUGGAAGAAUCCGUAUGGCUUAUCCAACUAACAAGGUAAAAAAUAACAUUU